CAUUCAGGUUUAGAGAAACCAGGAGACAGCAUCAUGGCGGGGAAGCCCAAGCUUCACUACUUCGAUGGACGAGGCAGAAUGGAGUCCAUCCGGUGGCUCCUGGCUGCAGCCGGGGUAGAGUUUGAAGAGAAAUUUGUAGACACUUCAGACGACUUGGAAAAGUUACGAAAUGACGGGAGUCUGAUGUUCCAGCAAGUGCCAAUGGUCGAAAUUGAUGGGAUGAAUCUGGUGCAGAGCAGAGCCAUUCUCAACUACAUCGCUGCCAAAUACAACCUCUAUGGGAAAGACAUAAAGGAGAGAGCCCUGAUUGAUAUGUACACAGAAGGUAUAGCAGAUUUGAAUGAAAUGAUCCUGCUUCUGCCCAUAAGCCCACCUGAUCAAAAAGAUGCUAAGAUCACCCUGAUCAAAGACAGAACAGUAAAUCGUUAUCUCCCUGCAUUUGAAAAAGUGUUGAAGAGCCACGGACAAGACUACCUGGUUGGCAACACGCUGAGCAGGGCUGACAUUCAGCUGAUUGAACUUCUCUACUCUGUCGAAGAGCUUGACCCCAGCCUUCUGGCCAACUUCCCUCUGCUGAAGGCCCUGAAAACCAGAAUCAGCAACGUCCCUACCGUGAAGAAGUUUCUGCAACCUGGCAGCCAGAGGAAGCCUCCAGUGGAUGAGAAACUUAUAGAAAAAGCAAGAAAGAUUUUCAAGUUUUAAUAAAGCAAGCAUGGCCCCCAGCACAUGCUGGACCACCUUCUGAA